AUGAGCAAUGUAGCAUUUCACCAAUGCACAUCGCGUUGCCAAAGUCGUGCUGCUCGAAACAGACGUCCAAUUUCCUACGAUUUCCGUACUGUGAAUCGAUCUAUCGUUCCACUAACCUCUCUCGUCCAAUUUCGAGGGGAGGAGGUUGCUGCGAAUCUUGCAGAAGGAUCUAAUACGGAACAGUUCAUUCGUUCAAAUCCAAGCGUUGCUCAUGCUUACCGAAAGGUGUCACUUAUUCCGUCACGCACAGUUGCCGCUGUGAGUGAGGUUUUGCUCACCAAUGUGACCCAGCAAUCGCAACAUUCGAGCUCGCUCGGUUGGUCUGAUGAAAUUCUUACGGAAUUUACCACUGGAUGCAAGGUCUGUCCAAAUUAUUACGAUGAUGUGUUUGUGUGUUCCGCACACUCGGUACAACCGUCUUCUGACCUCCAUCAUUGA